AUGGACAUGGACUAUAUGGACCCUUACCGCCGCCGCUAUGCCGGUCUGACCAUGCAGCCCUACACCGGUCACCAGCAGGCGCAUCCGCAAGACGCGCCGUAUCCAUACUGGACCCCGUUUAUGGCGUACUACCAACAGCAGCAUCGGGAAGCAGCGCUGAUGGGCCAGGGCAACAUGCAUCUCUCAAAGCCCGCAGAACCCAAGCCAAGGCUCGCAAAGGACGAGGUGGAGUUGUUGGAACGCGAGUUCUCAAAGAACCAGAAGCCGAGUAGCAGCACUAAGCGGGAACUAGCCGAGCAGAUGGGCGUCGAGGUGCCGAGGAUAAAUAACUGGUUCCAGAACCGCCGAGCCAAGGAGAAGCAGAUCAAGAAGACGGCCGAGUUUGAGGCUCAGCAAGCGAGGGAACGAGCGGCUUCCGAUGCCGAAUCCACCGGAGAUCAGGACCAGGAAUCGACCGGCAAGUUCUACCCCGACAGUAACCAGGACCAAUCCGAAACCUUGUCCACCGCCACAUUCGGACAAGACGACGACACGGUCCACAACGAUUAUGCCCAGCUCAAGACCGAACCUAUCGAUGCGAUUACUCUCGCUUCUGUGCCUACUGCCUCAGCUUGCGAGAGCCCAUCCGGACAACAUGAAUUUCAACCAACCACAACUACCUUCCCUUUUCGGCUUACAGCGACAACCACGGUUGACGGACUAUCUCGCCCCGAUUUCGAUACACUAGUUCCUCAAAACAGUAUGCCAAUCGACGAUGCAGGCGCGUUCAGUCCGUUUGCCGCCCCCGAUUAUUUUGCGAUCCCCUCGGUUUCCCAGUUUUCGUCUGAAAUGAUAGCCUCAAAUGCGCCCAUCAAUGGAGACAACCCCCUCCUGAGGCACCAAGUUUCGGUGGAGAGCCUCGCGUCAUCCGAAGUUGUGUCGCCCGACUCAAUGAAAGAGCAGGCGGCCAGCACCGCUUGGCCUGUCGUCGCUGAGGGGGGGCCAGGACCAAAGACGGGUAUUGAGAUGCCGAGACGAGCGGACACGGUGAGCCCUAUGAGACGAGUUUCUUCGGCAACAGGUAGCCUCCGCGGCCGUGUCCAAAAGUCCUUCAUGGGGCCAGGCGGCCCUCGAUCGCCCUUCCCCGUGGAUCGCAACAGAGAGGUGCUUCUUCAGAGCCUCCCAGAGGCGCAGGCUCCAGCCAUGCCAUCUCUGAACAAUGCUAUGUCUCCAAUGAGCCCCGAGAGGAUUCUCAGCUCGGGGAUGGGAGACUGCGCCGCAGGACCACAGGCUUCAGAUGACGAACAAGGCUACCCGUUCGGCUCCUUGGGGGCGUUGGGCGGAGUUUCCCUUUACAACAACAAUAACAACAACAAUAUCGAACCUAUCAAUUCGCCUCCGGGGACGCCAGGGUUGCACAUGGGUUUUCGUGAAGGCUACUUCCCGGUUCCGAUCGAACCUUCAUGGAACUACGUGCCGCAGGACGAACCAUUGCCGACACCAAGUCUUUGUAGCCACGGCGGAUCCGAGCUAGAGUUCUCGAUGGCGCCCCAACUUCCGGGCUAUGUGGCAAGUCAGCCAGUGACGCCCUCGUUCCCGCCCACAAUGGGUUCCCGCGUAUGCUGGUUUCUUUGGCACAAGCGCAGGGCAAACGGAGUAUCACUUCCCGGAUUCAUAUCCAACCGAGACCUCGGCCCGGUCCUCACCUAUCGUGCCUCCAAGGUCGAAGCAGUUUCAGUUUGCCCAGAAUGUCACUCCUCAAGACUUCAACCCGGACAAAUCAUAAUAAUGCCUCCAAACACAAGGCCCCCUUUAAAACGCCUGGACCUCCCCGCCCUUGCGCUUCCCCAUAAACGUGGGAGGCUGCAGUGUACUAACAGCAUUCCGAUUUCGCGCUUUUCUUUCUGCAUCUGCACCGACUUGUUCCAAUCUAUGCUCCUGGCUUGA